AUGGUCAUUACUGGACCUGAUUCGACAUUCAUCCAGGAUCUUAAACAUCAAUUACAAACUGUAUUUCAUAUGAAAGAUCUUGGUAACUUGCAGUAUUUCCUUGCCCUUGAGGUUCAUUCUACCUCCAAGGGUAUAUUUCUUCAUCAACAUAAGUAUGUGACAUACCUUGUUUCUAUGGCGGGCCUCAAAUCAGCUAAUCCGGUAAAUACUCCUCUUAAAGUUAAUGUGAAAUAUCACCAAGAUGAGGGUGAUCUAUUGGCAAAUCCUUUACUUUGGACACAAAAUUCUCUAUUUGCUAAGUACCUCUCAAUGAAGUCUCUUUUUCCCAUUGGCACAAUGCCAAAAUUGAGUGCCUAUAGUGAUGCCAAUUGGGCCGAGUGUCCUGACACUCGACAAUCGGUCACCAGUUGGUGCAAGAUUGUUGUUGAAUCCAAUUUGAAAAAGGAUAGUGAGUUGUGGUGGAUGGAGAAUGAAGCAAAACGAGAUAUUCUUAUCAACGUCAAGGAUGAUGGUGCAAUGAAAGAUUGGUUGUUGUAUAUGCAUGCCAAAGAGAAAUGA